AUGGGUUCGACUACGAGUGUUGUAUCUGCCGCACUGGCAUUUGGUAUCGCAGCAACUAUCGCUGUUACUCGCGACCGCUGGGCAAAGGAAUCGCGUUAUGCUCCCUUGCCUCCUGGACCUCCCAAGAUCCCUUUGAUAGGAAACUUAGGUGACAUGCCGACGUUAGGCAGAGAAUGGGAAACAUAUACUCAAUGGGCUCAGAAGUACGGCGAGAUUGUCUAUGUUGAGGUACUCGGACAUCCCAUUGUCAUUUUGAACUCUUUCAAGGCGGCCACGGAGCUCUUCGAUCGUCGUGGCUCCAACUAUUCCGAUCGUCCAAGUACUACUAUGCUCAGAGACGUCCUGGGUUGGGACUGGAUUAUAGGAUUUAUGCCUUAUGGUGAAUGGUGGCGUCGUCACCGUAAAGUGUUCCACACAUAUUUCAACCCGAAGGCGGUCGUAGCUCAAUAUCCGGUUCAACGCAAGGCUGCUCACGGCUUUAUGAAAAGCUUGUUGGAGUCUCCUUCGAAGUUUGAGGACCAUGCCACUCGAUUCUCCGGGACUAUCAUACUCGAGUCAGUCUAUGGUUACGAGGUUCGUGCAGAGAAGGACCCGUACGUUGAAUUGGUCCACAAGGCCGAUGAAGCGUUCAAUAAAGUCGCUGGAAGUACCUUCCUCGUUGAUAUCAUUCCUCUCAUGCGUCACCUCCCCCUAUGGCUUCCUGGAACUAAAUCCCUACGGGACGCUCAGAAGUGGAAGAAGCUGGCUCUCGACAUGCGAUCUGUGCCCUUUAAACUUCUGCAGGAUUCCAUGAAGGACGGAACGGCACCGUCAUCGUUGGUCUCCGAAGAGAUAAACAAGAUUCAAAGCCGUAGUGAAGGACCUCCUGACGAUUUAGACGUCGUUCGCAAUUGUGCAGGUGCAGCUUAUGGAGCUGCUGCGGAUACUACGACAUCGACAAUCCUGACACUCAUCUUGGCUAUGGUCCUGCAGCCUGAGGUUCAGAAGAGAGCGCAGGCUGAAGUCGAUGCGGUCGUGAAGUCCAGAGGGGGAAGGCUGCCCGACUUCGAUGACAUGUCUGCAAUGCCAUAUGUAGAGUGCUGCAUCACUGAGGCUCUUCGGUGGCGUCCGGUAAUUCCAUGCGCUAUACCGCACCGCAAUAUUAACGGCGACGAGUAUGAAGGUUAUCAUAUCCCGGCUGGCUCAGUGGUGAUUGGAAACAUCUGGGCUAUUCUUCACGAUGCGACGGACUAUCCGGAGCCUGAGGCGUUCAAACCUGAGCGCUUCUGGGGUCAUAAUGGGCACACUCCAGCUCGCGAUCCUCUGGCUACCGUGUUCGGCUUUGGACGGCGUGUUUGCCCAGGGAAGCAUUUGGCUAUGAACAGCGUAUUCCUCGCCUUUGCCUCCAUAUUGGCCACCUUCACAAUUUCUUGCGCGAAAGACGAGAGCGGAAACGAUAUAAUCCCGUCGACGGUGUACACAUACGGAUCUACGAUACAUCCUCAACCUUUCGAAUGUGUAUUCACUCCUCGCCCCGAGGCGGUAGAAAUGUUGCAGAGAGCGGGUGAAUUCUAA